GAACGUGAGUCAUCCAGCCAGGAGAUGGCAGCAGCUGCUUUGGAAUCACCCGGCCAGUAGGUGGCAGCAGUGAAGCUUGCAGCCUUUAAUUUGGUAGAAAUAGUUCAGAUUGGAAUUGCGAUUACUUCCGGGUGUUACCAACACAACAACUUUGCUCUUAGAUGCAGUGACUUUCCAAUGAAUUUGGCAAAAUUUUAACAUUUGACGUUUUAAAAUGAACACUGGACUGAAACACUGGAAGGAGGCCGCCACUCUCAUUCUAUUGGCGGGUCACAGGCUCGGCGUGGAAAAUGUACCUACACCGGGUUUUGCGUGUUCUCAGUCGACCGUUAAAACGGAAGGACGACCUCGGGUUCCUCACAUCUUUGACUACGAUGUUUUGCUCCUGAAACGAAGCAGUAAAAGCGGAUUCAUGCCUAACGCCUAUGUGUUCCCCGGAGGAUUGGUGGACCCUUCCGACUUUUCGAGUGAGUGGUUGGACGUUUUCAAAGCUUUUAGCAACUCUCCCAACUUUGGCUUAAGGCGCGUCCGGCAACCACCAGAGACUAGACCGCCGAUAUUUGCUACCGACCGGCACAAACUGGGCUCACCUAUACCGGGAGAGGUCGCAUUCCGGAUUUGCGCCUUGAGAGAGACAUUCGAGGAGUCUGGCGUGCUGCUUUUCGUGUCUAAAAAGGAAGAACUGAGUUUGUUAGAGAGUCUGAAAGACAGGCGCGACAACGAUGAAGUCAAACAUUACGAAGUAAACGAGCUUUGCAGCGAUGAGCUGAAUAAAUGGCGGGCUUUGGUGAACCAGAACCCUUCAAACUUCGUCAGGAUGUGCAGGGAGCUGGAGGUGCUGCCCAACAUCUGGGCCCUCCACGAGUGGGCCAACUGGCUGACCCCCGAGGGACAAUACGGCGCGAAGAGGUUUGACACUGCCUUCUUCAUGUGCUGCCUGGAAGAGAGACCAUGCGCCCUCCAAGACCAAAAGGAAAUUCAACACUUGCAGUGGUCGACACCCUCGGACGUCCUGCAGAGCUUCGGGGCUCGCAAUUUGUGGAUUGCCCCCCCGCAGUUCUAUGAGCUGAGGCGUAUGUGCCGUUUCCCCUCGCUGAGCGACCUCCACGCGUUUGCCAGUCGACGCGGCACCGACGGCUGCGAGCAUUGGCUGCCUGUCAUCCUCUUCCAGGACAACGCCUACGUAUCAGUGCUGCCAGGAGACCAGCUGUACCCGUCUACCGUUUCAGAAGCGACUAAAGUGGAAACAAACAUGGAGAUUCAAGGAGGUUCUAAAUCUGCGCUACAUCGCUUGUUGAUCUCAGACCCCUACAGUCCAGAACUGCAGGUCAACAUUACACCAAAGUACAACCACACGCUGCCUCUCAUUGGACCAGUAAACUCCCCAUCCCUUGUGGGAACACAGUAGCAGCAACUCACGAACAAGAGCACUUCAGAGAGAAGACACACAAUCAGGUGUUAAUGUGUUGAAGCCAUAUGAGUUGUGCAAGACUUCGGGACAGUUCCCUCUCCCUUCACUGUCUUCAGGCUUUGGCCCAUGUACACGUGCCAUAUACAGCACAGGUGUCAAACUCAAGGCCCGGGGGGCAGAUCUGGCCCAGUCAUAAUGGCGCUCCAAGGGACACGGUAACAGAAAUGUGGCCUGCAACAAAAAUUAGGUGAUCACCCCUGAUAUACAGUAUUGGUUGAUUCAUGCAUUUGCAGGAGGUGGAGGUAGUGGGUACAUAUGAUGGUGUUGUGACAACUACUGAUGUCAUUUUUGGAUGAAAUAAGGUUUUUCAAAGUGAAAUCACAAAAAAACAAGAUCAGACGCUAACACAGAAUCAGAGAUGUAAUUUAAAGAAUCUGGUUCGUUACUCAUCAACAUGCCUUUAAAUUUUACAAAUAGAAAUUUACAAACAAAUGCAGUGUCACUGACAAGAAAAAGAGCAACGUUAAAAGCUACACGUACAGGGGCAUUUUUUAUGAAAUUAUAAUAUCGUGGAACCUUCACAAACUGAAACUCCUUUAUAGAGAUUCAUCACAUGUCGUGUGAAAUAUUACAUUCAUUAUUUUUAUUGGUUUCAUGAUUAUUUAUUGCUGCUCCCGAAAACCAGUAAAACACGAUGUCAAGAAAUUAGAAUGUCGCAAACGAAACCUCCAUUUUCUAAAGGAAAUUAGGUCGGGAUUUGCCUUCUGAAAACUACUGUGUUAAAUGAAUCUUGAGUAUCAUCUAUACAGUAUACUUUUAAUUGAACUACUGAAAUUAAAAAAUAGCUUAACAACCUCAGCCUUUUAUGCAGCCAACAUUUAUUUCAGUCAAAGAACAACUUUUUUGUGUAGCAAUGUGAGAAAUUGAAUUGCAUGACUGUUGACAUCAAUCCAGCCGUUGAAUGCCUCCUGUGUCGUGGCUAUUCAUAUAAAGUUAGCUUCUUGUAUUGUUAUUACAGGGAUGGCAAUUUUCCGCGGAUACGCAGAAAUCCGCCGUUAUAUUUCUUAAAUUGAUCAUUUUUGUCAAUCGUCUAAAUCCGUUGAGAAAAUUUUAGGGGGGGGUCAGGUACCUUAUCAUCAAGUUUUCACGAGCUCUCCCGAUCAGUCAUUCCAUCUUCCGAUUGUAAACAGCCCUGUGAUUGGACGUGUAUGAUGUCUUAACUUGUUGUGAUUGGUCACCCCGUCCAGGCACGCCCCUUUCCGCUUUUUUCAUUAUAAUAAAGCACAAUUUAUUGUAUUCGAUUUUAUAUUGCUUUACCAAGGGAAAUCAAAAACAUCCAGGCUAAAUACAUUCACUGUAUGUGGAUUAAAAUGGAAAUAGUGUAAAACACACCUGUGUACGUCUGACAAGCUAAGUUGAAAUAACACAGCUCAACCUUUGUGCUGUUUGCCUCGGAGAGUCAGUUGAGGGUUACCAUGGCAACUCCACAGCCUUGGAAACCCACAAUCUUUGUCAGUGAUGAGACAAUGAUGCAUUGCCGUGCAUGGCUCGCGUCGGUGCCGAGAACUCUGUUUGGGAGAAGACUCAUUGACCUUUCAAUGACCUUCCACAUAUGAUUAAAUUGGAAUUCAACUUUUUGGAAGGAAAUUGUCAAAUUUUCAAGCUUGCCAAAAUAUAUUUAGAUAUCUCCUGAGCUGUCCGAAAUAGUCUCCAGAGUCAGCAACCCUUCACGCUUCAGAAACUUCCACGUCCAACAUUUUAGUCCCUUCCUUCUUCGACAUGUUUAAUUCAUCACAGUGUAUUUUUGCAUCUUUUGGAACUUUCUUGAAAUGACAGGAAAGAGAAACAAGAUGCAAAAUGGUUUUCGUGCAGCACUGUGUCCUAAGUGCUUUUUAUAUAAAGAAAGGACCAGUGACUUUUAAAGGAUGCACAACAGCUUGAGAAAAUAAUGGGGAGGAAUGGAAAAUGUUUACAUUUUUACAUUCCAUGUUGGGAGAACAACUCCGACAACUCCAGGGGGUUGGUUUUUUUUUUAACAAAGGCUAAUAAUGCAAACAAUUAAAAACAACGCUGUAUGCCAUAAUAUGUUCUGAUGAAAUUCAAUUUCAAAGCUUC